UCCAGUUGAGUCUUUGAAAUGGCCGAGCUCACUCAUAUCAAACAGCUGAGCCCUCUGGACCUGACUGUUCCGACAGCCUACAUCAACAUUGUCCUCGCGUUCGACACUACCGAACCAACCCCAGCGAUCAGCAAAUAUCUGCAGGUCGGUCUGGAUGCACUCUCGAAGCAACUGCCAUGGUUAUCGGGCCGAGUGUGCGCCAGCCAGGUCCAGCAGAAACCGUCACUCGAAAUCCGAUACAAUCCAAACACCGCCCUAACCCUAACCGACAAGGGCUCUAUAGCCGGAUCAUAUGAGACACUCUCCUCUCAGGGGAUGCCCCCAGAAGCCAUUCCCCAAGACGCCUGGCCGCUGCUGCCUGUAAUAGACGAUGCCCUCGCUAAAGCUGGCGCUCCUGUGUUCGCUACAAGUGCUUUCCGUUUCGCAGAUCGCGGCGUCGGGUUAUGUGUCUCCCUGCACCACAAUACCGUCGACGCAACUGGAUUCUCAGAGAUAAUGCGACAAUGGGCGCGUAACAUCACCGGGUCUGGUCUGGACAUCGCACGCCCGACGCAAUUCGGUAGAAUUGAGCGGCUUUCAGAGGCAUUAUCACCCCAGCUGAAAGACAUCUCGGCACUUUCCUAUGAAGAUCUCCUCGCCAAACACCCAGAAUACGCCAAGAAGCCCCCUGCUGUAGCAGACGAACCUGUCCAGCCAACUGAAACACCACCCUGCACGUCCAAAGUCUUCACUAUCCGAAUUCACUCUAUCAACACCAUAAAGCAGGCACUGGGGAGGUAUACACCAACCCCCCCAACCACAAACGUCAUCCUCUGCGCGCUCCUCUGGACGGCCAUCACGCGCGCACGAGCUGAACGCAAUCCAUCACUCGCAGAGUCAGCCACCAGCCGCCUAGCAACAAUAGUCAACGGGCGGCGCCGAGUCAGCGAAACAUUCGCACCCGCAUCAAACCCGUAUUUCGGAAACGUAGUGCUAUACACCCGGACAGAAGCCACAGCAGACACACUCACAAACACCAGGCCACAAUCUCCGGAAUCUGCAAAAGUCCUGUUGGAUAUCUGCACGCGCAUUACAACGUCUCAAUCCCCAUCCACUAUCAGCGCACGGCACAUCGCCGAAGUAUACCGUCUCAUCGCGGACACUGAGGACCACCGCACCCUCGACCCAGGGUGGGAUAUAUUCGGCUCGCGUGACUUGGCUAUUACUAGCUGGGCGGAUCUGGAUUUAUACGAGGUGGAUUUCGGUGUUGGGCUGGGUAGGCCGGAAUUCGUGAGACUGCCAUAUAUGGAGGCGGAUGGGGUUGCGGUGCUUUUGCCGAGGAGGAGGGACGGGGUGGAUGAGAGGUUGGAGGUUAUGGUUUUGUUGAGGAAGGAUGAUAUGGCUGUUUUGGAGAGGGAUGAGGCGUGGAUGGGUGUUGCGACUGGGGUUGGGAAUGAUGUUUAAUCCUGAUGAAUAUAAAGCAUGUGGCGGCAUGCUUAAUCAACAAGCUAGUCCAGAUGGCUCUGUUUAUACGCCUCCACGUAUUUGCCGUGCAGCUGGCUUGAAAUUGAUACUGUCCUGGGGGGUAAUUUCGGUCUGUACCGAUAGGGCUGAGGACAACAUUUGAAGAUCACAAUGCUGGGAGAACCAUCUUCAUCUCCUUGCACUGAAAGGGCCUGACAGGAGGCGCCUGGUCGCCACGAAAUGUUGCUGCUACCUGAUCUCUAAUAGGCGUAAAAAAAAUAGUUGGC